CACAUUUGGGGAUUUAAGUUUGGUCACAUUUGGGGAUUUCGGUAGGGCUUGCUGGACGGAGGAGCGUGGGUGAACGAUGGCUGCUGGGUGGUGAAUGGCGACGAAGGAGGCGAGCAGCAAGCGUCGGCUCUCGGGACCCAGAGAAAUCUUCUUCGACAUCAUGGGUUCUCGGCUCCUGCAUCUCGGUUUGUGGCGGCGGCGCUGGUUCUUGGCGGAGGCACGGGUUCUCGACGGCGUUGGUUCUCGGCAAAGGGUUCCCGUUCACGCAUGGUUCAUGCCCAGCAGUCUUUCAUUGAUUUGCAAUUUCCAAAUGGGCAAUUGACUUAUGUCUCUGGUGAGGGGUUAAGUACAAGUGCUUUCUUACCAGUUUGUGGAGGUCUUCUUCAAGCUCAAGGUCAAUAUCUAAGAGAGAUGAGAUUUAGUUUCUCUUGCAAGAAUAAAUGGGGAACACGCAUCAAUCCAACGAUACAAUGGCCAGACAAGUCUUUUACAUUAAGUCUUGCACAAGCUUUGGCUUGGCAGAGAUCUGGUCUCAUGGUGAGGCCUACAGUUCAAGUCAGGUUAAUAUUUUGGUUGGUCUUAAAGCAGUGGAUUGGUAACUAAUUGCAAGAGUUCACCUCCGACAAGCCAUAUACUACUCAAGAAAUUGACGAAGUUAGAGAAGAAUGGGCAAUGUUAUUUUUACAAUUGGUUAGAGCAAAAUGAAUGAUGUUAUAGCUAGCUAAUUACAAUACAUGUUUAGAAAUUUUAAACUUAUUUCGUAAAAAAUUUUUGCCAUUUUUUUAGUAUUUUCUUUUAAAAUUUCUUUUGAUACAUAUUCGACACUCAAAUGGAUAUAUAUUUUUAAAUCAAAAUUAAAAUUGUAGC